AUGCACAAAGAGCAGCCAGUAAAUCCCAAUCAGCCAGAAGCUGAUGGAUGCGCUCCGCCGCAACAACAACAACAACAACAGCGCCAGGAGCAGCAACAACAGCAGCACCAGGAGCACCAGCAACAGCAGCAACAACAGCAGCAACAACAGCAGCAAGCAACUGCCCAGGCACGUCCUCAGGCGUUAGCCUUCACACACCCGAAGGCUGGCUCUAUGGUCAUAGCCUCAUUGCGGCAACAGGCGAAUCCCAUCAUUAACCUGAAGUAUCAUCGCUUGCAUCCGAAGCAGCUGGUGCAGCGGCUGCUGCCGCUGCAGCGGCGGCGGGAGCUGAGCCGGCGCUUUUUGCUGCUUCUGAACGACGUGGAGGGGGCGCAUACUUCUUUGGCACAAGUUAUCCUGCAUGCAUUUCACUACGGCUUUAUUCUUCUUGUUGCUGCCUCCGGAGCAGAAGCUGCUGAGCUGCUACAGCAGCUAAAGGCCUCAGAAAAUCGUGCCUCGGAUUCCUUGCAACCUGCACUGGACGACCGACAUGCGCCGCGCUGUGCAGAGGUGUUGCGGGUGUUACCGUCUGUGAACCGCGCGGACUUUGUUUCCCUGGCGAAAGAGUUCAGAUGCAUGCGGAGUAUAUUCAAGGCUCGGCAGCAGCAGCUGCAGCAGUGCCCGGGCAUCGGGCCCAAGAAGGUCCGCGUGCUGCUGGCUGCCUUUGAAGAGCCCUUCUUCCCCGACACAGACGACAGGUUCACAGCGGCUGCAGCCACCCGCGGCAUCGCAGCAGCAGAAGCAGCAGCAGCCAAACAUGACACGGAAACGGACACCGCUGUAACCAACAACACAGCCGGAGGUGCAGACAGACAGCAGCAAAGAGCGGAAACCCUGAAAACAAUUGCAAACUGA